AUGAAGAUCGUGAAAGCUCAGUCUGCUGUGCCGAUAGAAUGGCUUUGGGAUUUUGAAGAUGCAGAACGAGAUGCUUAUCUGGUUGACAGCCAACAUAAGACUUCCUUGCUCUUCGGAAUAUUCUACGUUGACAAGUUCGCCUCCAAUGGUGCAGUACACCUUCAAGACGUGUUUAAAAAAGCUCAGGAAUUUUUUAAAGUAUGGAAUGAUCAUUACCCUUGGUCAGAGUAUAAUGGUAUAUCGAUGAGCUUGGAAAAAAUGGAGGAUGGCACCAAGUUCAUUUAUGGACAAUUGUGUGUAGAGAAUAAUGUGAAGGAAGAGGAAUCCUUGGUAUUGGGUUUGCUGGUUCAGUUAUCUUCCAAUCUGGGGCCACAGGUUUUUAUGCGUAUCUGUGACACUGAUGGGGACUUCCUUAUGACAGAAACGAUAUCCAAGGAGAUCGUAAACCCUGGAUGCAACCGAUUAUGGCUACAAUGUGGGAGAUUGAAAUUGAUACCUGCUUCUGACGGUCACGGAGUGAGUCCUUUGGAUGCCCUGGAGUUUCUUAAAAACUCUUAUUUCAAAUGCACGGACUUCAAUUCUAUGAAUCAAUAUAUCGCCACGAAGGUGACAAACGAAUUCCCAGACAAGUUUCUAUCAAAUCUUGCUAGGUUACAACUGGUUAUCGAGAAUAAAGAGAAUUGCAAGGUUUUACUAGAAAAUCCGCGAUUAAUAAGCUAUCUGCUUAAAUGCUUGAAUGAUGAGGAAAUAGUUGUCUCAAAGUCGCCACCUUCGAAUAAUAGUAAAAAAAUUGAACUACUGGUUCCCAAAGGACACUGCAAUAUUAUACCUUUUUUUUAG